AGUACUCAACAUAAUAUGGUAGCGUCUGUUUCGGUUGAAUUUUUACACGACACGCUCCUUUUUAUCCAAUUCUAACACAAACUGUCUCUCUCUCUAAGAAGAAACGAAUUUUUCAGUUCAGUUCGAAUGUUUUAUUUUCGUUGUGUUUCGGUUUUUUCUUUUGGUCAGAAUUUUUUUUCUUGAUUUUUCACGUGGAAUUUCUCAACACAAUAUUAAUACGGUACGUUUUCAAAGACGAAAAUAAAUUGAACAACAAAUAACAAAAAAAGCAGAGUAGAAAAAAAACGAAUUGCGCUCGACAAAAGUUGAAAAGUGUGUGGUUUUGAUGGGGCGAAUAGUGAACAAAAUUUCAACGUAAAUUUUUGAUGAGUUUUCGCGUACGUUUAGUGAAAUGUUUGAAGGACUGAUCGCAUCGCGGCUCGAGAAAAACCAAAUUAUACGAAGAAAUUAUUCAAAGUCUACUCCAGUGAAUUAGCUAACUAUACUAAUAACAAUUCGGCUGAGUGUUAUUUUGUUUUCGUUUUAUUGCUAGUGAACAAAUAAACGCGACGAGAGAGAAAGAAGAAAAAUACAGUGAAUAAACAAUCGAUGAAAAGAAUAUAAUAAACCUAAUUGAAAGGAAUUUAAAAGAGAAAAAAAGCGAACAAAAAAUUGUUCGACUGAUAAUUUGAAUUGUUCGACGUCGAAGAGUGAAAAUUGCGGGUAGCGAAACUCACAUUUCAGAAGAAUUUUACCUAUCUAGUGAAUUAAAAAGAAAGAAAGCGACAACAACAAAAAGAGAAUACAAAGAAUCGGUCGAUAAACAACAGCGCGCCAGCACAGUGUUUGCAAGUGGCUGAUUAAAGCUGAAAAGUUUUGUUUGUUCCAACAUCUGCAACAGCAACAGCGAUAAUAAGUGCCAUUGUUUCUCUUCUCGCAUCCCGCUUCCCCCAUCGUUGUGUGUGUGUGUGCUGCCGUGCGCUCGUGUAGUUUACAGUGUGUGUUUUUCUUUUCGGGGUACGCGUCGAAUGAUUGUGAGUUAGCGAGUGUGUAUGUUGUGCUUUCCAUCUCGCUAAACGACCAUACCCACGGAAGAAAAACAACAAACAAACAAAUCACAUCCUCGCUGAAAAGAACUCAACACAUGCUGCUAAUGACAAUGCUGUCGUUCGAUUACUAAACCAUAAUUUAUGUAUAGCCGCACAGUUAUGCACUAAAUUUAAGACAGCCGAAGACCACAAAAUGAGCUAGCCGCAUGACAAUAAAAUGAUUCUCAAUGUAUGCAUAGCACGGUCAACAUGCCGCUCAUUCAUCAAAUUCCUGUUAAUAUUAGCGCUGAUUGGGCUUCGUGCCGCUGACACGACAACAUCGUUUGAUACGCACAUCACAUCACCCGAUCAAGAUUUAUCGAUUGGUGAUGAUUUACCGAUUUCAUCAACGCCAGCACUGGUCGGAUUGCAUCACCAUCAGCAUCAGCAACAGCAACAGCAACAGCAGCAGCAGCACCAACAGACGUAUCAAACACCACAGUUGCCUCCAUUUAAAUUCCAACAUCGUGUCUACAAUGUAUCGAUUCGAGAGAAUAGCGUGGGCAAAACAUAUGCCGUGCAACCAACAAAUGAAGCACGUAUGGGAAUUUCAUCGGAUACGCCCGAUAUCGAUAUUAAGUAUCGCAUUAUUGCCGGCGAUAAGGAUAAGCUAUUCAAGGCUGAAGAGCGUACGGUUGGCGAUUUUACAUUCUUAGCGAUACGCACCCGUACCGGAAAUGUCGUUUUAAAUCGCGAAAAAAUCGAUUCAUACCAUUUAAAAGUGCGAGCGACGGGCACGCGACGCGAUUACAAAACGAAAAUCGUGCAAGAGGAUGAAUGCAUCGUUAAUGUAAUCGUGCUGGAUACGAACGAUUUAAGCCCAUUGUUCUAUCCAAAUGAAUAUGCGAUAACCGUGCCCGAAGACAUGGCACUGCAUCAAAAUAUCGUUAAGGUGAUGGCAGAGGAUGCCGAUUUAGGUAUUAAUGGCGAAAUUUACUAUAGUUUUUUAGAAGAGACUGAUUGGUUCAGCGUACAUCCGACCAGUGGUGUUAUAUCGUUGACACGACCAUUAAAAUAUAUCGAAAAGUCAUUGCACGAAUUGAUUGUAAUCGCUAAUGAUCGCGGCAGCAGUCCAUCAAAUCGUCACAGUCAACCGAGCAAAGCAAAAGUUAAAGUCCGUGUGAAACAGGUUAAUCUACAUGCACCGGAAAUUUAUGUGCAAGCAUUGCCUGACAUUUUAGAAAAUUCACAUGCAAAUAUCUAUGGGAUUGUUCGUGUUGAAGACAAAGACAUCGGUAUUCAUGGUAAAAUAAAAAUUUUAGACAUUGUUGAUGGCGACCCGGAUGGCCAUUUUCGUAUACGGCCCACAUCGAAUCGCGGUGAAUACAACAUCGAAGUACAUCGGCUAUUGGAUCGCGAACGUACACCAAAUGGCUAUAAUCUCACACUUCGCGCCGUAGACGCUGGUACACCGCCGCAGCAAAGCUACAAAGUGAUACCCGUUCGUUUAGCCGAUACAAACGAUAAUGCUCCAGUGUUCAAUCGUGAAAUUUACGAUGUAAAUGUAACGGAAACAGCACCGCCAAAUACACCAGUCAUUCGGCUGAAAGUGACCGAUCGCGAUGAGGGGAAAAAUGCGCUCGUUUCGCUGGAAAUUGUUGGCGGCAACGAAGGCGGUGAGUUUCGUUUGAAUGCCGAAACGGGUAUGCUGUACACGGCCGUUCCAUUGGAUGCCGAACUAAAGGCAUUUUAUACGCUCACCGUUUCGGCCAUUGAUCAAGGCAACACGGGCACACGAAAGCAAUCAUCGGCAAAAGUGAAAAUCAAUGUAAUGGACACAAAUGACAAUGAUCCAGUGUUUGAACAAGCCAAUGUCACCAUUUGGGUGGAUGAAAAUGAACCGGCCGGCACAACAGUGACCAAAGUAUCGGCUCGCGACCGUGAUACAGGCGAUAAUGCCUAUAUAUCAUACUCAUUGGCUAAUUUAAAUGAAGUACCAUUUGAUAUUGACCAUUUUUCGGGCAUUGUACGCACAUCCAAGCUCAUCGACUAUGAAUCGAUGCGUCGUGAAUAUGUACUCAAAGUGCGUGCCAGCGACUGGGGCUUACCGUAUCGACGGCAAACUGAAAUGUCGCUCACAAUUAAAGUCCGCGAUGUAAAUGAUAACCGGCCACAAUUCGAGCGCAUCGAUUGUGUUGGCAGCGUGGCACGGUAUGCACCAAUCGGAACUGAACUGUUAACAUUGUCCGCUAUUGAUUUUGAUGCAGACAACUACAUUAGCUAUCGUCUGGUGUCGGGCAAUGAAGAUGGAUGCUUUAAUAUUGAUGCCACUUCCGGUACCAUAUCGAUUGGAUGCGAUUUAAAUGAUGUUCGCGUUGAACAACGGUUUAUCAAUGUUACGGCCACUGAUGGUCAUCACUUUGCCGAUGUUAUGCCCAUCGAAAUACACUUGCUAAACAGCUCUAAGAAUGCGAUACCAUUGUUUGGUGAAAUGGGCAAAAAUUAUGGAGCCUCAAAUACGAAUAGCCGAUAUAAUACGGCUUCAACGGCCGGUGGUUCAUUUCAAUGCAAAGAGACGGGUGUAGCACGCCGGCAUGCUGAAAUGCUUGCAUUAGCCGAAGCAAACAAUAUGAUUGGCAGCGGUUUCGAUACAAAUAACAGUGAAGAGUUACCCAUGAUGCCGAUUCGAUACGGCGAAAAUGUGCAUGCACCCGAAUUCAUCGAUUUUCCUAAUGAGAUAUUCAUCAACGAAACGGUACGAUUGGGAACAACAGUGACAUGGAUAAAAGCUCGUGACCGUGAUCUUGGUUACAAUGGUAAAAUUGUGUUUGGAAUUUCAAGUGGUGACAAUGAUUCGGUGUUCCGUUUGGAUCCGGACAGUGGUGAACUCAAAAUCAUCGGAUAUCUCGACCGCGAACGAACCGAUGAGUAUGUGUUGAAUGUGACCGUCUAUGAUUUAGGAAAUCCACAGAAAACUGCAUCCAAAGUGUUGCCGGUAGUUGUGCUGGACGAAAAUGACAAUGCACCGGUGUUUGAGAAAACAUUGGCCAGUUUUCGUGUGACCGAAAAUGCAUUGAACGGCACAAUAAUACUGCGUCUAAAUGCAACCGAUGCAGAUUUGGGUGAAAAUGCGCGAAUCACAUAUUCGAUGGUCACCGACACAAAUGAUUUUCGUAUUGAUCCUGAAACGGGUGUUUUAUUCAUUUCAUCGCCAUUGGAUCGUGAACGACAAGAAUUGUACGAGCUACAGAUUCGUGCUUCGGACAAUGGCCACAAAAAGGAUCAACCACAAUUAUUUUCGGAUGCAAUUGUUCGUGUUAUCGUUGAAGAUGUGAAUGAUAAUGCACCCGAAUUCAGCCUUAAAGAAUACAAUAUUCGCAUUCGCGAGGAUAUCCCAGUGCAUACAGUGGUUGCAAUAACAACGGCCACCGAUUUAGAUUCCGGGCCCGGUGGUGAAGUUUUGUACAGUUUAAGUGAUGACAUUGAUCAUAGUUUUAAGAUUGAUAAAUAUACGGGAACAAUUCGAACGAUAAAAGCAUUGGAUUUUGAAGAGCGACAAAUUCAUAGUUUAACCGUGCGGGCAUUGGAUCGCGGUACACCGGCCAUAUCGUCGGAAACAUCGGUGAUUAUUGAAAUUAUUGACGUGAAUGAAAAUCGAUUUGCACCGCAAUUUGAUGAUUUUGUGCUGAGCGGCAGCGUUGCAGAGAAUCAACCGGCUGGAACACAUGUUAUGGUCGUCACGGCCAGAGAUGCAGACGCACCCGGUCCCGAUUCACGCAUUUCAUACUCGAUCCGGGGAGGUGACGGUCUUGGCGUUUUCACCAUCGAUAACGAAGGUGCAAUUCGAACGACGUGCAUUUUGGAUUUGGAAACGAAGCCACACUAUUGGCUGACGGUAUGCGCUCAGGAUCAGGCUGUCGUUCCAUUGUAUUCAUGUGUUGAGGUGUUCAUUCAAAUUGAAAAUGUGAACGACAACGCUCCAUUAACUGAACACCCGGUGUAUUAUCCAUCGGUGGCCGAAAGUAGUCCGGCUGGUGUGAAAGUGUUGCAAUUAAUUGCUGAAGAUGGUGAUAAUGAUCCGCAACAAAAAAUUACAUAUCGCAUUACAUCGGGUAAUCCAGAGGGAUUUUUUGCCAUCAACAGUAGCAGUGGAUUAAUAACCACGACUGCACGCAAAUUGGAUCGAGAAAAUCAAUCAGAGCAUAUACUUGAGGUCAUGUUAACGGAUAACGGUAUACCGCAGUUAUCGUCGACCACACGUAUUGUCGUCACCGUUGAAGAUAUCAACGACCAUCAACCGGAAUUCGACCAGAAAUUCUACAAAGUUCAAAUACCAGCCAAUGCAAAAAUCGACCAAGCCCUUUUCCAGGUGCUUGCGAUCGAUCGUGAUACGGGCGAAAAUGGACGCGUUACAUAUUCGAUAAAAUCGGGCAAAGGCAAAGCAAAAUUCCGUAUCAAUGCCGAUACUGGUGUUAUUUAUGCCGCAAAACAAUUUGAAUCGGAUACUGAAUACGAUAUCAUUGUACGUGCCGAAGACAAUGGUUUGCCAAAGAAAAGUCAAACCACAUUGGUGAGCGUGAUUGUGGUUAAUAUGCCAACAUCAAAGGAAAAUAACGUUCAUCCACCACAAAUUAAAACCAACGAUCAACAUGUUGAGGUCACCGAAAACGAUAAUCCCGGCUUCCUUGUCACACUCAUUCAGGCAUAUGACGAAGACAACGAUCAAUUGUGGUUUGAUAUCAUCGAUGGUGAUGAAAACAAUGAUUUCUUCGUUGGUCGUGACAAUGGUAAUAUUCUACUGGCAAAGAAUCUUGAUUGGGAACGGAAGCGUGAAUACAAUAUAACGAUUGGUAUAUCGGAUGGUGUGCAUGAGAUAACAACGCAAUUGUACAUUAGUGUUAUAGAUAUCAACGAUCAUCGUCCCGAGUUCAGUGAGUCCGUGUACACGGUGGAAAUAUCAGAGAAUACAGCCGAAGGCACGGAGAUAUUACAAUUGCAUGCCACCGAUUUGGAUGAAGAUAAAACGUUAUUCUAUAGUUUGCAUGCGGCACGAAAUCCAUCAUCGUUGAAAUUGUUCCGUGUGGAUUCGGUAACGGGAAGUGUGACAUUGGCACAAGAGCUUGAUCGUGAACUGAUGGCCGAGCACAUUUUAAUUGUGAUUGUUAAAGAUCAUGGGACACCUGCCAAGCGAAACUAUGCAAAAAUCAUUGUACAUGUCACCGAUCACAAUGAUCAUGCGCCCGAGUUUACAUCGAAAAUUAUACAGGGCAAAGUGUAUGAAACGGCUGCGAUUGGUUCGAUUGUGGUUACCGCAUAUGCAACGGACCGUGAUAUUGGCGAUAACGGUCGGAUUGUCUAUUCGAUUGUUAGCGGCAAUGUGGCCAGUGUAUUUGCGAUAGACAGUUCGAUGGGUACGAUUAGUGUGGCAAAGGAGUUGGCCACCAAUGCAAUGACCGAAUACAUGCUACAAGUCAAAGCAACCGAUUGCGGUAAUCCAUCGUUGUUUGCUCAAAUACCCGUUCAAGUGAUUGUUGUUAUGGUGGACAAUGCACCGCCAAAAUUCACUCGCACCGAAACUGCCGUCGAACUCUAUGAAAAUCUACCGAUCGGCGCAUUUGUCAUGCAUAUCGAAGCACGAAGCACAUCCUCCGUUCAAUUUGCCAUUAUCACGGGCAAUAUUGACGAUACGUUCUUUAUUAAUCCAUCAACUGGCAUUAUCACUACCAAAGAUUUAUUGGACUAUGAAAAAACCAAGUUUUACAAUUUAACGAUACGUGCAACAAAUAUGGCUUCCGUUUCGGCGACAUCCUCAGCUAUAAUUCACAUUUUGGAUCGAAAUGACAAUGCACCGUAUUUUACACAACAAUUGUAUAAAGGUGAAAUAUCCGAAUCGGCGCCAAUUGCAUCAUUGAUUCUAGCCGUCAACGAAACACUGAAAAUGGAUCAAAGUGUGCCAUUAGUAAUAAAGGCUUAUGAUAUUGAUGCUGGACUCAAUUCACAUCUGCAUUAUGAUAUCGUUGAGACGAUGCCACGUCGCUAUUUCCAUAUCGAUUCAACAACAGGUGCUAUCAAAAAUGUGAUGUUAUUGGAUCAUGAAAAGAUACCACUCUUUACGUUCCAUGUUAAGGUAUCGGAUUUGGGGAAGCCGCGUUUGUCGUCCGAAAUAGCGGCCCGAGUGGAAAUCAGUGUGCUCGAUUUUAAUGAUUGUCCGCCGAUUUUCACGCAACCGGAAUACAAUGUGUCCCUCUUGCUGCCUACCUAUCAAAAUGUGGCCAUUUUGCAAGUGAAUGCAACGGAUCGCGAUGACAAUGGCAACAGCAGCACCGUGUUACACUAUGAAAUUGUUGAAGACAGCAAUAAAGAUGGUGUAUUCGCAAUUAAUAGCCACACUGGCGUGAUUACAACACGGAAUAUCGAACACAUUGAUGAAUUUUACAAGUUACAAGUUCGUGUUACCGAUGGCAAGUACACUAAUACGGCAACGGUGAAUGUUCGCGUUGAAACAUCCGAAAAUUCGGGUUUGGUAUUCCAGAAGCCAAUCUAUGAGGGAUCAAUUUUGGAGAAUUCAACGAAAAUCACAACCGUUACGGUGGUGAAUGUAAUCGGUGCCGCGCUAAAUGAACACAUCGAAUUCCGUCUACUCAAUCCGACCGAUAUGUUUCGCAUUGGUUUAACAUCAGGCGCUGUGGUUACAACGGGCAUUCGAUUUGAUCGUGAACAACAGCAAAAUCAUGAGCUUAUUGUUGAAGCCCGGUCAUAUGCGGCGUAUCGUGAAAAGCCACGCGUGGCCCAUGUCAUUGUGAAUGUUACAAUUCUUGAUAUCAACGAUAAUUGCCCGAUGUUUGUCAAUUUACCAUAUUAUGCAAUUGUGUCAGUGGAUGCUGAGCGCAGUUCACUGAUUACCAAAGUGCAUGCACUGGAUGCGGAUAGCUAUGAAAACGGUGAGGUACGGUACGAGAUGAAGCGCGGCCACGGUGAACUGUUCAAAGUUGAUCGUAAAACCGGUGAAGUGACACUCAAGCAAACACUCGAAGGACAUAACAGGGAUUUUGAAUUGCUAAUUGCAGCUUAUGAUGGUGGCAUUACACCAUGCUCCACCGAUGUUACCGUUCAUGUUAAGGUAAUCGAUAAAUCAAUGCCAGUUUUUAGCAAGCAAUUUUACUCAGAUAUUGUACCAGAGAAUAUUGAAUUACACACACCGUUGUCAGUGGCAAUCCAAGCUGAAAGUCCCCUAGGACGUAAAUUAAUUUAUACGAUCGUUAAAGGAAACGAACUUGAGGAGUUUAGCGUCGACUUUAACACAGCGCCAGACAGUACAAAUGGUCUUUGUGCUAUUUAUGUGGUGGAUGAUCUGGACUAUGAGCGAAAGCAACACUAUGAACUGGUGAUUCGAGCCACGGACAGUGUGUCUGGUGUAUCGGCUGAAGUGCCCGUUUCGGUGCUCGUUCAAGAUGUUAACGAUUGCCUGCCCGAAUUCGAACAGGAUAGCUACAAUGUGACCGUAUCGGAGGGUGCAUCAUUUGGUACAGCAAUACUAAAAGUGGUCGCACACGAUAACGAUACGGGCAUCAAUCAAAUGGUCACGUAUGGCAUUCAAACGGACAAUAAAAAUACAUCCGAAUACUUUCAAAUGGAUCCAAUCGAAGGUGUUGUGUAUUUAAAGAAAUCAUUAGAUCACGAGCAAUUAGCUACGCAUCAUUUUACGGUAAUUGCCAUCGAUAAGGGUGUACCGAGUCUCAGUUCAACGGCACACGUUUGGGUCAAAGUUGCCGACAUGAAUGACAAUGCACCGCGAUUCGAGCAAUCAUCGUACAGUUGUUCGCUGUCUCAGCAUGCGGUGCGUGGUCAAUUUGUGACAAUCGUAUCGGCCAGCGAUCCCGAUUAUAUCGAUGCCGAUAAUUUGAUAUAUUCAAUAGCCGAAGGCAAUGAGCUGCAAACGUAUGCCAUUGAUCCGAUUAGCGGCAUUAUUACAUUGAUCAAUAUGCAAAAUUUUGCCGAAAAGCAUUCAACCAUUUUGAAUAUAUCGGUAUCGGACAGCGUCUACACCAGUUUCAUUCGUGUGCAAAUCAACAUAUUGCCCGCAAAUUUGCACAAUCCCGUAUUUCCGCAUCUCGUCUAUGAUGUCAAAAUUAAUGAAAACCAAAUGGCCGGCCGUCUAGUCAUAACGGUUAAUGCCAUCGAUGAGGAUUUCGGCGAAUACGGCAUGUUAACAUACGAUAUUUUUUCCGAUGAAAUGAAGGAAUAUUUUUCAAUUGAUAAAACCAAAGGGGAAAUCGUUACAAAAAUUCGGCUGGAUCGUGAAGAGCAGAAAAUGUAUGAGGUACCAGUGAUUGCAACGGAUGGUGGUGGCCGUUCGGGUUUUACAACCGUUAAAAUCAGAGUAGGCGAUCAAAAUGAUAAAACACCUCAAUUUUAUCUGCGUGAAUAUAAAACAUCAAUUUAUGGAAAUUUAUCGGUGAAUGCAACCUUUUUGAAUAUAAAAGCUUUUGAUGCUGAUGAAAAUCAAAAUGCAGUCAUAAAAUACAGCAUUUACGAUACACAGAAUACAGGUGUCAAGGAUUUAUUUAGCAUUGACGAGGAUACGGGCGCAAUGUAUUUGAGCAAAACAGCCGAACGCAUGGAAAAUCAAAUGUUUCAAUUUUUUGUACGCGCUCACGAUGGCGGUUCACCAUCACUGCAUGCCGAUGUAUCGGUCGAUGUGUAUAUCAUGUCACAAUCGGAUCUUGCGCCAAAUUUCGAAAAACGUGAACGUAUUCUAUUUUUGGCGGAAAAUUCAGCGCCCGGCACCGUUAUUACGCGUCUAAAAUUGACCAACAUCAAUAUUACGAUCAAAUAUCAUAUUGCAUCGGAGACCAAUUUGGACGCACCACAAUUCACAAUCACCAAUGACGGUGAAUUGAGUCUGGCCAAAACAUUGGAUCGCGAAACAAAAGAUACACAUUACAUUGGAAUUUAUGCGGAAUCCGAUUCGAGCCCAUCGUUGACCGCAUUUUGUGAGAUAUUGUUGCACGUCCAAGAUGAGAACGAUAAUAGUCCGGAAUUUGAGAGUUCACGCUAUUUCUUGACGUUGGCCGAAAACAUUGAAAAAGGUUCGACAAUAAUGAAAGUUACGGCCCGCGAUGCAGACACCGGCUCAAAUGGUGACAUUCGUUAUGCAUUCGACAACGAUGCCGGUGAUAUUCUAAAUAUAUUUGACAUUGAUGUUCAUACGGGCGCUAUAACGACGUUGAUGCUUUUGGAUCGUGAACAAGUGGACGAAUAUAAUUUUCGCGUGAUUGCCACCGACAAUGGCCAACCGAAACGAAGCGGCGAAACAACGGUUAUGAUUAAAAUUAAAGACUACAACGAUUGUCCGCCAACGUUCAAGAAUAACAGCUACUCGGCUAAAGUUAACGAAGAUGCAUUACCCGGAACCGUUUUAUUGCAACUAUCAACAAUGGAUCGCGAUAAAAUCGAAACUCCCGUUGAUUUCUACAUUUUAUCCAGUGAUUCGCAAUCACAGUCUGUUUUUCAAAUUCGGAACACCGGCGAACUGUAUGUGGCCAAAGAAUUGGAUCGCGAAACAAUACCCUUUUAUACGCUGGAUAUUAUUGCAACCGAUGGAACAUUUACAACACACACAAAUGUCACCGUUGAAGUGCUGGACGCAAACGAUAAUCCACCGUAUUGCUUAAAGUACCGCUACGAAGAGACACUCAGCGAAGGCGUUCACGUGGGAAGCUUCGUUUUAAGCGUUCUGGCCACCGAUGCAGACGAAGCGGAAAAUGCAAAGCUUCGAUUCUAUUUGACCGGCGAUGGAGACGACGAUUUUAUUUUGGACGAAAGCUCAGGUCACUUGCGAACCGCUCGGCAAUUGGAUCGUGAGGUACAGUCACGCUAUCAUUUAGUCGCUCAUGUUCAGGAUCACUAUCGGUCAUGGGAGUGCUCAUCACAAAUUGAAAUUAUUGUAUCCGAUGUGAAUGACAAUGCGCCAGUGUUUUCACUGCCCAUUUACACCGUUUCACUGCCCGAAGACGCAGAGAUUGGCACAUUAGUUACGAAAAUGCAUGCAACCGACGCGGAUAUUGGCAUAAAUCGCAAGAUUAAUUACACAUUCAUUGAUUCACACAAGGAGCACUUCAAAAUCAUACCAGAUAGUGGCAUCAUAACGCUGGCCAAACCAAUGGAUCGUGAAGAAAAGGAAAUGUACAAUCUCACCGUACAGGCAUUCGAUCAUGGAAAUCCGAGAUUGUCAUCGAUUGCUUAUGUUGUCGUUAAUGUUCAAGAUAUCAAUGAUAACCCACCGGAGUUCACUUCAAAGUAUUACGCCGCCAGCAUAACCGAAGAUAGUCCAACGGGUUCUGAGGUUAUUCGAGUAUUGGCAACGUCAAAAGACACUGGACUAAAUGCCGUGGUCAAAUAUUCCUUCAUCGGAGGCAAUGAGCAGCGAAAAUUCCAAAUCAAUAACGAAACCGGUGUGAUUACUAUUUCCGAUACAUUGGACUACGAACGCGUCAAAGAUUAUUUCUUAACAAUUCAAGCGGUAGAUCUGGGCGAGCCACCACUGAGCAAUUUGGCAACACUGAACAUUUCGGUUAUCGACAGCAAUGACAACAGACCAAUAUUCACGCAAGCAUCAUACAGCGCUCGAAUUCGUGAAGAUUCUACGGUUGGCGAUAAAAUACUUCAGGUGCAAGCAAAUGAUUUGGAUUCGGGUGAAAAUGGCCAUGUCAGCUACAGCAUUGUUCGUGGUGAUCGGUUGCAGCAGUUUAGCAUCGAGAAGAAUAGUGGUUAUGUGUCGGUAGCUACGGCCUUAGAUCGUGAAUCAAUAUCGAGUUAUGUGCUUGAAAUCGAAGCCUUGGACAAUGGUAUGCCACCACUUUCAUCCUAUUCACUGUUGAACAUUGAAAUUUCCGAUGCAAAUGAUAAUCCGCCACUGUUCACACAACAAAACUACACAGCAUUCGUGCAGGAAGACAAGCCGAUUGGUCAUAUUUUGUUACGAUUCGAAGUGACCGAUGCGGAUGCACCACCAAAUGCUGAACCAUUCACAUUCGAUAUAAUCACAAAAGAUGCGGCAUUUGUCGUGCAACAAGACGGCACCCUGAGAACGGCCACACGAUUCAAUCACAAAGUGAAAGACAGUUUUCUAUUGCAAGUGCGUGUCUUUGACAACGGAACACCAUUGUUGCAUUCGGACACUUGGGUGACGGUGAAAGUGAUCGAAGAAUCUCAAUAUCCACCAGUCAUUGUGCCGCAAGACAUUUCGGUCAAUGCAUUCGGCGAUGUAUUCCAAGGCGGUGCAAUCGGAACGAUUUUUGCCAGCGAUCAAGAUCAAUACGAUACACUGACAUAUGAUUUGGCACAAACAUCCGGUGUUUUAUAUACACCAAAGAGUCUUUUCAACAUUUCCAAAACCAAUGGCACACUGUAUGCUCUGCCCAAACUGGACAUGGGUGAUUAUCGUGUGAAUGUGACUGUCACCGAUGGCAAAUUCACCGUGUUUACAAUCAUCAAAAUUUCCGUGGAUUUGGUGACCGAUGAAAUGCUUGAAAAUGCCGUUCUCAUUCGUUUCACCGAAGUGACACCUGAACAAUUUGUGCUUAGUCAUCGCAAAACAUUCAUACGAUCGAUUCGAAAUGCCAUUGGAUCACGAUUGAAGGAUGUAAUAAUCAUUGCGGUGCAAACAUCAACCGAAGACUCAAACACCAUUCAUCAUCAUCGCUAUAGUCGAGAUUUGCGAAAUAUUUCAAUGCUACUGGACGACUCGACCGAUUUGAUUGAUCCGAGGAAUAAACGUCAAUUGCAACACGAUUUAGAUGUAUUGUUUGCGGUGCGUAAGCAUCAACAGAAUCCAAACACCGUUGCUUACUACAGUUCCGAUGAGAUUCGCACAUUUUUAGAUGGGAAAAUCAGUGAAAUCGAAAAACUCACCGAACUCUCCGUCGAUGAAAUCGUUCAAUCGAAAUGCUCCACCAGGUACUGUGAUCAUGGCAAAUGCGAAGAUAAAAUGCAACUUGAUCCAACGAAAAUUAACACCGUUUCAACGGACGUUAGCAGUUUUGUAUCGGCUCAUUUUGAACAUACAACACGUUGCCGUUGUGACAUUGGCUAUGGCGGUGAAAAGUGUGAAAAUUCCGUGAAUGAUUGUGCAAGUAAUCCGUGUCCAACGUUUAAGACCUGCAUCCCUGAUCUAUCACCACAAGGCUAUUAUUGCAUCUGUCCCAAAGGAUUUGGCGGCCCGAAUUGUGAUAAGGAUAUUGUUAAAUGCACCGAUGACAGCUGCUACGUACCAAAGAAUCCGGUAACAUUCAAUGGCAAAAGCUAUAUUCAAUAUCGUAUGGAGAAAACGGCGGCGAAGAAAGCGCUUGAAGAGCACUUGGUGUUUUCAUUGCGCGUUCGAACUAUUCAACCAACUGGUAAUUUGAUGUAUGCAUCUGGAAAGAUUGACUUUUCCAUUUUGGAAAUUCAAAAUGGUGUCGUUCAGUAUCGCUUUGAUCUUGGGUCGGGCGAAGGUUUGAUCAGUGUGACAAGCAUUUAUGUGUCAGAUGGUCAAUGGCAUGAUAUUCGGCUAGAGCGUGAAGGAAACAGCGGACGACUGGUUGUCGAUGGUAAACAUGUUGCCCAAGGAAAUGCGCCCGGCGUUAACGGAGUGUUGAAUUUGCAAUCGAGCGACAUGUACCUGGGCGCCGAAGUGAAGCAACAUCCAAGUGUCUUAGGUUUUGAAGAUGUUCAACAUGGUUUUGUUGGUUGCAUGGACGAUAUCAAUUUGUCACGACUCCCAUUGACAAUACACAAUCCGGGCACCAGUAAUUCCGUAGCCAUUCUCAAACGCACUGCCAACAUUGAGUUUAGCUGUGAUGCUUCGGUUGUAUUGAAGCCAUUAGGCAUCUGUGGAACAGCACCGUGUUUGAACGGUGGAACGUGCAAAGAAAAUGAUGGCGAUAGUUUUGAUUGCAUUUGCCAUACACGUUUCACGGGCAAAUUGUGCGCCGUUGAUACGGAUCCGUGUGCAUCAAAUCCAUGCUUGUUCGGCGGAAAGUGCCGAGGUGAAUUGCUUGGCAAUUACACUUGCGAAUGCCCACCACGAAUGACGGGCAAACGCUGCGAUUUUGGACGCUUCUGUUCACCAAAUCCAUGCCGCAACGGUGGUGUGUGCGAAGAAGGUGAUCAAGGACCGUUGUGUAUGUGCCGUGGAUACAUGGGCCCGACAUGCGAGAUUGAUGUUGAUGAGUGUGAAAAGAUGCCAUGCGGCAGUGGUGCUACCUGUAUAAAUGAAGCCGGCAGUUUUCGUUGCAUCUGCCCACCAGAUUUGACUGGUGCCAGCUGUGGCGAUCCAUUAUACUCCAAUUCGAUCACAUCCAAAUUGAAAAAUAUUCCUAUGGAACAAAUAAUUGGUGUCAUAUCCGGAAUAUCUGUGAUAUUUUUUGUAUUAGUUGUAUUUUUAUCGUGUCGCUUGUGCAAACGACGACCGGCUCGACCACACACAAACAACAUCAACAACGAUACACGCAAAGAGAAUGCAAUACUUGUCGGUGUAACGCGGGACAAUGGUGAAUUUAAGCGCAACUCAAAGAUGAGCAACAUUGAGAUUAGCCAACGGAACGAACAGCGUCCUACAUCAUUUACCAGUGGCAAUGAAACUGCCGCACCAUACGCAUGCAAUAAUGUGUUUGUCAAUAAUUUGGAUACGCUGCGAAGCUAUGGUUCGGCCGGCGAUGAACUUGAAAAUGUUCCACCCGAAUAUCGGAAACCGACUCGGAUCAAUCAGCACGUCAAUUUGAAUGGACACUCGGCUAGCGGCGAAGCAGAUCCAAAACAAACCUGGUCCGAUUACCUACAACUUCAAUCGUUUACUGACAAUAAAAUCAAUAACGAUCUCAAGCGAGCGAGUCCAAUCAGUGCGGCCGGAUCGGAGCAUCGAUGUGCAACAUUGAAAUCGACCGGCGUUCUACAGGGUCGUUUGCUUAACGUACCACUACCAAAUCCAUCAUCGAUGCAAUAUCAAUUGGCCGCGAGCUCAACGGCCAACAGCGGCGGUUCGGGUGUCAGCAAUGUCGAAGAUUCGAGCAGUGAAAAUCAUGGCGAAGCAUAUCAUUGGGACUGUUCGGAUUGGGUGCGACGCAGCCAUAAUCCUCUGCCAAAUAUCACUGAAGUGCCCGGAAGCGAAGUGCCCGACUCAUCUAGUUUUCAUAGUAACGAAAGUAACGAAUCACAAUGCAAACAAGUUUAUCAACCGCAAAGAGCUAUUGCCGACCAAAAACGUAGUGAAGCAAAUGUAACCGAAGAAGAAAUUGAUACUGAAUUCAAUGAUUCCGAAUUUGAGAGCGGCGAUCGAGGCUCAAUCGCAUUUACAAUCAACUCAUCAAUUCCCACAUUGAAUCCAUUAGAUAGCAGUAGUGAUGAUUAUCGUUUUGCAUCAGCCGAAAGUUAUUUGAAGCAUCCCAAUAGCUAUCUGCCGAAAUAUAAUGUACAAUCGGAAACGGAUGGUGAGACAACGCCAUUGAAUGCGAACGGACAGAAUCGAGAUUCGGGCGGAUCGAAUGUAUUUGAGUCAGAAGAAGAGCUCGACGAUCAUAUCGAUGAAGAAGAUGAAGAGGAUGAUGACGAUCAAGAUAUUCCAGCUUAUGGAUUCCCGCGCAAUCGUCGCGAACCCAGUGAUAUCGAUUUCAUAAUUAGUAAUGCAGAUGAAGGUAGUUCGUUGCUUCGUCAGAACCGCAGGAGUGGCAAGACGUCGACGGCGAUGAAAUCGAAUUUCAAAGAUGAUUUGAAUACGUCAAAUACAACCACCGCCUCAUCAUCAUCGGGAUCAUCGGGUGGCAAAAGUGUCAAAUGGGCCAAUAAUAUACAAACUACUCAAGUCUGAUCACAUAAACCACAACAAGAAAAACAACAUUAUCAAUGUGCUAUCAAUGUCAUUGCCAUGAAGAGGGCAGCCAAAAUACUCGUGAUAAUCAUGCUAAAGAAAUCCAUUUAACUAUCCCAAAACCAACAACCAACAAAACCGAACUCACAAGUUCUCGAGAGCACACAUACACAGUCUAGCACUCGAUACAAAUGGCUUUUCUUCUAUCAAUAUCAUCACAUGCGAUCAGUAUCAAUUCGAAUGGAUCCCUUGGAACCCACGAUAUUUUUCUUUUUUAAACCGAUCCUCUUGUAAAAUAUGAACAAAAAUAUUUAGUUUAAGAAUCUUCUUUUUUUUCCUCAAUUAAAAAUGUACAUUUCGAAUAUGACACAGAAAAAGGAAAACAGAAAUAAAAACAAAAUGAAAUUAGGGAAAAAAAAAUGAUCAGAAAUUCCGACAGCAUCCAUGAUUGGAAAUCGCUAGUUAAAAUGACAAUCGAUGAUUUAAGUUUUUAUAUUCUAUGUAUACAAAGAAACAAAAACCUAACAACAAUAUAUGCAAAAUGAUACAACUGAGCAAAAACCAAUCGUCAGGCUGACAAUUUGCUUGUUUAGCUAUUCGAUUAUGUGAGCCAGAUUUCGAAUCAAUAGCAUGAAAUAAGUUGAAGAAAUUGAAAUUUGGUAAAUUGUAAACAAGAAUUUAAACAAAAAGAAAAUAUCUAAAUAAAAAUAAGCUCGUGUCAUAGUCCCUCGCACCGCAAUCAAAUCAAAUCGUAACUCAUUCAUAAUUGCAUUAAAUUUUCAUAUUCAUUGCCACUCAUCGCAUCACCACUCGAAUCACACAUCUCAGUUCUUUUUCAACACUCGCGUGAAAAAAAAUCUUAAAAUGAUGAUAGAAAACGCGAAUUUUUUCAAUAAAAAAAAAACCACUCACACAUAAACUGCGUACCUUUUUUGCAAUGGAAAACGUUUCACACGAAAACACAAAACAAAAAAUCGUAUCAUUUCAGAUGUAUUUUUUUCGUCAUAGAAUUUAGCCGAAUGUAAUAAAUGCAAUUGCAAUAAUAAAGCACACACAACGCACAGGCACACACACAUUAUCUCAAUUUAUCUCACGAAAUGACAAUGUUUAACCGCAACUCUUUCGAAAUAGUACAGAAAGAAGAAAGGAGAAAAUGAAGGAAAACAAUGGUUGCUAAAUAUUGAUUAAAUAUUUGUAUUCAGUUUUUAAGUUGAACAAAAAAAAAAUAGCGAAAAAUGGUCUCUUAAAAAAGAUCGCACGCGCGCCGAACGCCUCAGGAUAUACAUAAAUAAUCAAGAUAAAUCCAUUCAAAAUGCGUUCAUCCAUCAAAUUUUGUAUGUUUUCGAUUCAGUUCAUUCGUCGCCAUACACACACACACACACACUCAAUUCGAACAACACACUAAUUUUUUUACAAGCAAUUUUGUUUGGAUUUAUUCUACGUCCAUUUUCUUUUGCUAAUAUUUUUUUCUCUUUUAAAUAGAAAACUAUAAUUUAACACUUAGUUAUUAUUAUUUUUAGAGUAUUUUUUACCAAUUCAGAGAGAAAGGAAGAAAAAAAAACACUCGAAUAUCGAACAACACAGCCCGUGUGUGUGAAUGUAUUAAGUGAUUUGUUAGUUAGUCAAAAAAAAAAAAUGAAUGAAUAAAUAAAUGAAAAAUAUUUAUUUAAAUGAAUAACAAAUAAAAAAAAUGAGAAAUAGAGGAAAAACAACCUAGUUAUCGACUCUAAGUGCAACCGAAUUCACAGUGGAAUGGAUUUAGCAUUCGAAUCGAUAUCGAAUCAAUUUCAAUUUUUUUUUAUCAUUUCACUGUCAUAGCGAAAAAUUCAACUAAUAAGUAAUGAACAAACAAAAAAAAGUAUUUAUUUUUAAAAGU